UUACCUUUAUGUUUCUUUAAAAAAAAAAUUAAGGGACAUCUGGGUGGCUCAGCCAGUUAAGCAUCCAGCUCUUGAUUUCGGCUCAAGUCAUGAUUUCACGGUCUGUGGGUUCGAGCCCCACAUCAGGUUCUGUGCUGACAGCACAGAGCCUGCUUGGAAUUCUCUCUCUCUCUCUCUCUCUCUCUCUCUCUCUCUCUCUCUCUCUCUCUUUCUCUUUCUCUCCCCUCCCCCACUUGCACAUGUGCAUGCCCUCUCUCUCUCAAAAUAAAUACACUUUAAAAAAAUUAAGCCACCUUCAAUUUCUAAAAAAUUAAGCCAUUUUUUAAAGUUUAUUUUUUCAGUAACCUCUACACCCAACUUGGGGCUCAAACUCACGACCCCAGGAUCAAGAGUUCUAUGCCCUUCCACCUGAGCCAGGCAGGUGCUCCUAAAAAUGAAGCCAUUUUAAAUAAAGUUACACAUGUUGUCGUUGAGAAAGGCAGUCUUGCCAUAUCCCCAUCUACCACAUAAUUUAUAAUAAAAAGAAAAGAAGGCAUUCUAAAUAUAUGAAAUAGAUAAAGUAUGUCGCAGAACUACAGCGUAAACUCGAAGUGUCACAUCACCAGUAAUUUUUUCAAAGGAAGCAACGCGGUUCGCUUUAUAAUACCAUCAAAUAGAAGACAAUUACAGGGCGCCUAGGUGGCUCAGUCGGUUAAGCAUCCAACUUCCUCAGGUCAUGAUCGCGUGGUUCAUGGGUUCAAGACCCUUGUUGGGCUCUGUGCUUAUGGCUCAGAGCCUGGGGCCUGGUUCAGAUUCUGUGUCUCCCUCUCUCUCUGCCCCUUCCCUGCUCACAUUGUCUCUCUCUCUGUUUCUCUCUCUCUCUCCCUCUCUCCCCCUCUCCCUCCCGCCCUCCCUCUCUCUCUCCUUCAAAAAUAAAUAAACACUUAAGAAUUUUUUUUAAAAAGAAUAAAUACUUAGGAACAAACUUAACCAAGGAGGCAAAAGUCUUACUGAAAAAUACUGAGUGUUGCUGAUGGAAGUUUUAAGACACAAAUAAAUAGACAUCUUCUGUUUAUGGGUUGGAGGAUUUAAUAUUGUUAAGAUGUCAAUACUCCCCAAAGCAAUCUACAGAUUCAGUGUGAUCUCUAUCAAAAUCCCAAUGGCGUUUCUUGUGGAAACAGAAAAAUCCAUCCUAAAAUGCAUAUGGAACCUUCAGGGAUCUCAAAGAGUGAAAGCAAUCUUAAAAAAGAACAGAAUUGGAGGUCUCACAUUUCCUGGUUUCAAAACUUUUAGAAAGCUACAGUGAUCAGAACAGUGUGGGACUAGCAUAGAAACGGACACAUAAACCAAAGGGAUAGAACAGAGAGCCCAGAAGUAAACCCAGGUACAGAGGUCAAGUGAUUUUCAAUAAGGGUGACAAGACCAUUCAGUGAGGAAAUGACAGUCUUUUCAACAAACGAUGUUGGGCAAACUGGACAUCCAUGUGCAAAAGAAUGAAGUUGAACCUGUACUUUAUACCAUCUGCAAGAAUUAACUCAAAGUUUAUCUUAACUCAAAGUAAGGGCUAAAACUAUAAAGCCCUUAAAGAAAACUUAGGAGAAAUGCUUCACGACACUGAAAUUGACAAUGAUUUCUUGGAUAUAAUACCAAAAAUAUAGGCAACGAAGGAAAAAGUAGUUAAAUUGGAGUGUAUCAAGAUUGAAAACUUCCCUGCAUCAAAGGACACAAUCAACAGAGUGAUUUCUCCUAUGGGAGAAAUAUUUGCCAACCAUAUGUCUGAUGAGGGGUUAAUAUCUAGCGUAUAUAAAGAACUCCUACAACUCAACAACAACAACAACAACAACUCCAACCUGUUAAAAUGGGCAAAGGACUUGAAUGGACAUUUCUCUAAAGAAGAUCUACAAACGGCCAACAAGCACAUGAAAAGAUGUUCAAAGGGCGCCUGGGCAGCUCGGUCGGUUAGACGUCUGACUCUUGAUUCCAGCUCAGGUCAUGAUCUCACAGUUGGUGAGUUUGAGCCCCGUGCCAGGCUCCACGCUGACAGCAUGGAAUCUGCUUGCGAUUCUCUCUCCCUCUCACUCUACCCCGCUCCUGAUCAUUCUCUCUCUCUCUCUCUCUGCCUCUCAAAAAUUAAUUCGUUUAAAAAAGAAAAGAUGUUCAUGAUCACCGAUCGUCAGGAAAAUGCCAACCAAACCACAACGAGAUACCACCUCCCACUCAUUAAGAUGGAUGUUAUCAAAAAGAAGACAAACAAAACAAAACAAAACAGAAAAUAACAAGUGUUGGUGAGGAUGCAUAGAAAUUGGAACCCUUGGACCCUCGUACUGGGAAUGUCAAAUGCGGCUGCUGUAGAAAACAGUGUGGUGCUCCCUCAGAACCUUACAAACAGAACUACCCUAUCAUCUAGCAUCAUCUAUAAACCCACUGCUGGGUAUAUACCCCAGAAGAAAUGGAGGCAGAGUCUCGAAGAGAUCUUUGUUCACCCAUGGUCACACCACCAUUAUUCCCAGUAGCCAAAAGGUGGAAACCACCCAAGUUCCACCCACAGAUGAGUAGAUGAACAACCUGUGUUCCAUCCAUACAAUGAACUAUCACUCAGCCUUAAACAAGAGGGACAUUCUGACGAGGGCUGCAGCCUGAAUGAACCUUGAGGCCAUUAUGCCAAGUGAAAUAAGCCAGUCACGUGAAAACCCUGUAUGGCUUCCCAUAUAGGCCACCUAGUUAGACUCCCAGAACUAGAAAAUAGAGUGGAGGUUGCUGGGGGCUGAGAGGGACUGGAGAACGGGGAGUUAGUGUUCAAUGGGGACAGAGUUUCAGUUGUGACAGAUGGAAAGCCCGGGAGGUGGCUGGCAGUGACCAUCGCAGAACACUGUGAAGGUACUUCACGCCCCUGGGCGUGUGCGUAGAAAUGGCGAAGUUGCUGAAUUGUAUGUGUAUUUCAUCACCAUUGAAAAUGACAGCUUAAUUCCAUUUAGAAAUGAAGCCGCGCAGUGAAUGGUCACUGGUGGACUCUCAGAGUGGCAGAGAUAAGUAAAAUGAACAAUUCUGUGGGCUGGAGAGGGUUUCGGGAAAAAGGGAACUUCAUAUCCUGCUCUUGUGACAACUCCUCCUGAGGGGAGCGAUCUGGAAGAUACAUCAAAAUGUCAGAGAUGUAGCCCCUUGACCAAACAAGGGGCUCCUUAAUAUCCUGCCCUUCUGUGCUGUGCUCACUGGCCCUCAGCAAACGCCUGCAGCUUCAAAGGUUGCCCUGGGACACGAAGCAAAAAGACACACUACAAACCGGGGUGGGGUGCUGGCGGCGUGGGUCCAGAACCUGGCACAGAACUGCCCAGUCUCGGGACGGACGCUAGAGGAAGCUGAGGGGCGUGUGGUGGGCCACCCAAGGUGCUGUGGCAGGAGGGAGGGUGCAGAGUGGGGCAGCAGGUGUUGGCCAGGUUGCAGACUCCCAGGUGAGCACUGAGCACAUUCUUCUAUUUUUCCAAUUAAGUAUGAGAGGUCGCCACCUGAAAGCUGCGGAUGGGGCAGUUAGAGGAGGAAGCGCACAGUGUGAAGAAUAAUCCAGGAGGUCAGGCCUCUUGAGAAAUCGAGCAGGACAGCCGGGCGGUUCUAAGCUUUUCGGGGCUGGUGGUGGUGAGUGGUCAGUGGUGCCCUUCUGCCUGGGUGUGCGUUGGGCAUCAGCAGCUGCCGGCUGCAGGAGGACAGGACCGGAGGGACCCAACCCUGACCAUCGUGUAGACAAUGUAGCAUUUGUAAACAAGGGGAAGCUGAAAAUACAAAAGGCAGCGAGGGUAGCACUAGCCGCCUCACAGACCCAUGGUGAGGACAGAAUGCCACAGCGCACGGAACGGAUCAGGAGCGUGCAGGGGCGAAACAUAAAUCCGUGCCUGCCCUUCCUUUCCCUUCCCGUCCCAUCAUUCCCCGUGAGCACGGAAGCUGAGAUUCCUGGGUGGAAAUGGAGCCGUCCCAUGCCCCACCGUCCAGAGGGCAACUGUCCAGUAGCAGUGGGGGAAACUUCCAGCAUCCCAACCUGCUCCCCAGAGCCCAUCCCACCCCAUCCUCCUUGCCCAUUGCAGAAAUUGGUGUGGGCACCACCGGCUUCGGAAUCUUCUUCAUCCUCUUUGGAAUACUCCUGUACUUUGAUUCGGUGCUCCUGGCCUUCGGAAACCUGCUAUUCCUGACUGGCCUCUUGCUCAUCAUCGGCCUGAGGAAGACCUUUUCCUUCUUCUUCCAGAGGCACAAGCUCAAAGGGACCAGCUUCUUCCUGGGGGGUGUGGUCAUUGUGCUCCUGCGCUGGCCCCUUCUGGGCAUGUUCCUGGAAACCUAUGGAUUCCUUAGCCUCUUCAAGGGCUUUUUUCCUGUCGUCUUUGGCUUCCUGGGCAAUGCCUCUGACAUCCCCUUCCUGAGUGCGCUGUUCCGGAGGCUUCAAGGCACCAGCUCAAUGGUCUGAACAGCAGAGACGAGCUCCUUGAACUUGGAUCAUUGGUUGAGGGGGCUGGAAAGGAAGUGGGGGCUGCCUCCACCCUGCAGUGACUCAUCUCCCCAUCAUCCCCAGCCCUCUCCAAGUCCAGAAGGAAGAACAGAGUUGAAUGACUGACCUCAGAUUCCAAGUCAACUCAAAAGGCUGUUGACAUGGCUGCGGACAGAGAUCCGGGGCCCCACCACGAUCAGACUGGGGCUGGUAUUACAUCCUGCCCUGUAUUUAUGGGAGGAGAGCGAAGAUUAAAUCCCCAGUCUGUGAGUGUG